AUUUGGCAACAAAUCAAUCACUAGGAAAUGGAAAUGGAUAGAAACCUUGGAAAUGGACAAAAGAAGUGGUUUGUAGUGUAUGUGCAUGUUAUCUAACUUCUCUGACUUUUUUUUUCUCCAUCAUCCAUCCCCACUUUUCUUACCUCUUUCUCUGCUUUCCCAUAAUAAUUUGUCCUCUCUCUCUCUCUCUCCCCUUAUCUCUUUUUAUUACCAAACUCUCAAGUAGCAGCAUAAUCACACUCAACUGGUACCUACCUUCAAGUUUGUUCCCUCUUUCCUUUUAUCAAAGAAAAAAUACUAUGUAAAGAUUUGUUCCAUAUCAACAUGAUGAAGACUCCAAAUUUGAACUUGGAAGCUGAAAAUAGUUUAGAAGUAAGCAGCCAAGUAGGUUCCAACAUAUACUUACAAGAAUCAUCUCAUGAUCUUACCAAAGACAGUGCCACAACUUCUUCUUGUCUUACUAAGCCAGACAUUAAUCCAGGUUCUAUUUCCCUUGACCUGACUCUCAACUUCGAUCCGAGCGACGAAGAUUUGAAGGAAACAAGCGACACUAACAGUGAAGUACUAGGAGCUGAUCAAGCUCAUAAUACUGUUUCCGCACCAACGAUUCAUAGAGUUUUCUCUUGUAAUUAUUGUAGGAGGAAAUUCUUUAGCUCGCAAGCAUUAGGUGGACAUCAGAAUGCUCAUAAAAGGGAGAGAACAUUGGCGAAGCGCGCUAUGCGAGUAGGGAUGUUUACCGAAAGGUAUACAAGCUUAGCUUCUUUACCUCUUCAUGGUUCUUCUUCUUUUCAUCCUCUUGGUAUUCAAGCUCAUGCUGCAAUGCACCAAAACCAUAUGCCAUCAUCGUCGUCGAUGCUGAUGAGGGCUCAUGAUAUGAGACCUACAGCGAAAUUCGAGAAAGAUUGUUUUGGAGCAGCACCGAUGUUUAUGCAUAAUGACGAUGUUGGCAUAUUUUGGCCUGGAAGUUUCAGGCAGAUAAAUCAAAGUGUUCAUAAUUCAAAUUUGAAUACUAGUUUUGUAGCAACUGAACCUCCUCAACAAACAUCUACUACAUCUCCUGAUCUUACUUUGAGGCUUUAAUAUUUUUGUAUCUUAAUUAAAUUCUAAUAUUAGUUUUUUUGUGGCAAUAAACAACUACAUUUCUCAUGUUCAUUCUCUAUGGACAUGAAAUUAUUGAUUAACUCUACUUGCAUUGUACAAGUAAUUAGAUGUGUA